GUUUGUGGCGGUUGAUGGCUCACGUUGACUUUUGAUUGGCGACCGCGCCGUACGAAGAUCACUAUCCAAUUCAGGCUCCGAGUGCUCUUUUUGCUGCUUUCCACUGAGCGAUUGUAUCUUUGUGGCAACGAACGCUUAUCGUUCAUGCGAACAUCGAUUUUUCCCAGCGUAAAUCGUUGCCGACUUAAGCCACUCAAUCGGCAGUAUGGCGUCUCUUAGUGAUUCGCUUCCAGCCGGCGGCAACAUUACAUCCGCACAAAAAGAAGAUAUUAUGGAUCAGGUCAAACAAUCGAUAGCAAUCGCAAACGCACAGGAGCUUCUUCAGAAAAUGACGGAAAAAUGUUUCCAGAAGUGUGUUGUCAAGCCGGGAAGUUCGAUAGACAAUUCCGAACAGAAAUGCCUAUCAAUGUGCAUGGAUCGCUAUAUGGAUUCAUGGAAUAUCGUUUCACGAACGUACAGCACCCGAAUUCAGAGGGAGCGGGAUCGAAACUAAAAAAACAAAAACACUGUUUAGUAAAGAAAAAAACAGGUAGCGCCUACAGAAAGCGCCCGGAAUUUUGAACGUGCAAAAACACCCGAACCACCUUAAACAACGGUCUGUUAUUAUAGGUCAUUUUUAAAGAAGACCACAACGAAAAAAAGGAACUAACAAAUAUUAAACGAUUGGCGUAAUAUAUCCUUGGCUGAAUAAUUUGCACCCUGGGCUGUACUGCAAUAAAUACCACAGGCAGAAUAUAGCCGCGGUUAAACCGAA